UUAGGGAUCUGUGUCUGUACAUGCACGUAUUUGCAUUGCAAGAAUGUGUUCAGUUGAGCAAAAUGCUUCUUAAUGUGGAUCUAUCAGAAAUAAUACAGUUCUGCAUUGGUCAGUACACCAGAAAUACCUAUGUUGGUCUGUUCAGGACUAGUUUGACCACCUUUGAGAUAAUUUUUAAAUUUCUUUAAGCAGUGAUCCCAAACAUGACACUGGAACUCUGGAAGUUCAGGUUUGGACAUGUUAGUCUACAAAGACUUACAGUUGGUUUGGGGAGUGGGUUCAUUUUGGUUCUCAAUGCAGAGUGAUUUUGCUGAAAUAAAAGCUCAGAUCUGCUGGGUUUCAGAACACUUCUACUGUCUUACAGAUGGAGAUGGCUGGGGCAUAAAGGUGCUGACUCAGUACCUGGGCUGUCUUGAUUCCUCUUUGUUUGUGUCAUGGUGGAAAUCCCUUUUUACUGGCAGUCCACAAGCCUGACAGGUCAUGCAGGAAAUGCCUUUUUUAGUUGUUUUCUACCUUCUGCUCUGAGCAGCUUAUCUCUAUAGGAUCAUUUGUUGAGUACUUGCUUCAUUCACGUCUUCCCCGUUUCUCUUGCACAGGAGGGAUACAUGACUUGCUGAAAAGAGAGAAAAUGCUAUGCUGGGGAUACUCGUCUUUUGGACAACCUGGGAUAGGUAGCAACCUCCAGGUCAUCAUUCCUGAACCACAGGUAUAUGGAUUCAUUCAUGACAGAAAUGUCAAGGAGGUGGCAUGUGGAGGAAACCACUCCGUGUUCCUGUUGGAGGAUGGGGAAGUGUAUACCUGUGGCUUGAACACCAAAGGCCAACUGGGGCAUGACUGUGAAGGAAGCAAGCCAGAGCAAAUUGGAGCCCUGGCCGGGCAGCACAUCGUGCACGUGGCCUGCGGAGAGUCCCACAGCGUGGCACUCAGCGACCAGGGCCAGCUCUUCUCCUGGGGCGCUGGCAGCGAUGGACAGUUGGGCCUCACCACUAUAGAAGAUGCAGUGACGGUACCGAGACUGAUAAAGAAAUUGAACCAACAGACAAUACUGCAGGUUUCCUGUGGAAAUUGGCAUUGCAUGGCUUUGGCAGCAGAUGGCCAGUUCUUCACAUGGGGGCAGAACAGCUAUGGUCAGCUGGGCUUGGGUAAAGAAUGUCCCUCCCAAGCCAGUCCACAACGUGUCAAGUCUCUUGAUGGGAUCCCUCUGGCUCAGGUUGCUGCAGGCGGAGCUCACAGUUUUGCCCUCUCUCUCUCAGGAGCUGUAUUUGGCUGGGGGAAGAACAGCUCAGGACAGCUGGGACUAAGUGAUGAACGAGACCGAGAAUCCCCUUGUCACGUGAAGCUGUUGCGGUCUCAGAAGGUUGUCUACAUCAGCUGUGGAGAGGAACACACAGCAGUUCUGACAAAGAGUGGAGGGGUGUUCACGUUCGGUGCAGGUUCCUGUGGGCAAUUGGGACAUGACUCCAUGAAUGAUGAAGUGAACCCCCGAAGAGUUCUUGAGCUAAUGGGCAGUGAAGUAUCCCAGAUUGCUUGUGGCAGACAUCACACUUUAGCCUUUGUGCCUUCUUCAGGAAUGAUCUAUGCAUUUGGCUGUGGAACAAGAGGCCAGCUGGGAACGGGGCACACUUGCAACGUUAAGUGUCCCUCUCCUGUCAAGGGUCACUGGGCAGCUCAUAAUGGGCAACUCUCAGGGAAACCUGAUGCCUGUAAAUAUCACAUUGUUAAACAUAUCUUCUCUGGAGGAGACCAAACAUUUGUGCUUUGCUCUAAAUAUGAGAAUUCCUUGCCUGCUGAUGAUUUCCGGACCAUAAAUGAAACACGUUACACCUGUUUAAUAAAUGAUGAAACUAUAGAUGUCUGGAGGCAAAAGCUUUUAGAAAAGAACAGUUCUAAUUCUGUCAAUAAUGUUGUUCAGAUACUGUCCUCAGCUGCCUGCUGGAAUGGAAGCUUCUUGGAGAAGAAAAUUGAUGAACAUUUUAAAACCAGUCCGAAGAUCCCAGGGAUUGAUCUGAACUCCACCAGAGUGCUGUUUGAGAAGCUGAUGAACUCUCAGCACUCCAUUCUCCUAGACCAGAUACUGAAGAGCUUUGAAAGUUUUUUGAUUCCUCAGCUGUCCAGCUCACCACCAGAUGUCGAGGCAAUGAGGAUCUAUCUGAUUCUCCCUGAAUUCCCACCCUUCCAAGACUCAAAGUAUUAUAUCACAUUAACGCUUCCUCUAGCAAUGGCUAUCCUGCGCCUAGAUACCAACCCCAGCAAAGUUCUUGAUAACUGGUGGUCUCAAGUGUGCCCGAGGUAUUUCCUCAGGCUAGUGGACCUCUAUAAAGGCGCAGUAGUUUACCUCCUCAGUGGAAGAAAGACACUGUUGAUCCCAGUCCUGUUCAGUAGCUACAUUACAGCUGCUCUCAGGCUUCUGGAGAAACUCCACAAGGUAAAUCAGAAGGUUAAACAUGUAGAAUAUGAUAAGUUUUAUAUCCCUGAGAUUUCCAGCUUGGUCGACAUUCAGGAGGAUUAUCUCAUGUGGUUCUUACAUCAGGCUGGAAUGAAAGUAAGACCAUCUAUCAUGCAGGAUGCUGUGACGCUCUGUUCUUAUCCUUUCAUCUUUGAUGCUCAGGCUAAAACCAAGAUGUUACAGACAGACGCAGAACUACAGAUGCAGGUUGCAAUAAAUGGUGCAAAUUUGCAGAAUGUCUUCAUGCUUCUCACCCUGGAGCCUCUGCUGGCCAGAAGCCCUUUCCUGGUACUUCAUGUUCGCAGGAGUAACUUAGUCGGUGAUGCUUUAAGGGAGUUGAGCAUCCAUUCAGAUAUUGAUUUGAAAAAACCUCUUAAAGUCAUCUUUGAUGGUGAGGAAGCUGUUGAUGCUGGAGGAGUGACAAAGGAAUUUUUCCUCCUGUUGCUAAAAGAACUCCUCAACCCCAUCUAUGGCAUGUUCACUUACUACCCCGAGUCAAACCUGCUGUGGUUUUCAGACACGUGUUUUGUAGAACAUAACUGGUUUCACCUGAUUGGCAUCAUAUGCGGUCUUGCAAUAUACAACUUCACAGUCGUAGACCUUCACUUUCCCUUGGCUCUGUACAAAAAACUGUUGAACGUGAAGCCCUGCCUAGAGGAUUUGAAGGAGCUAUCCCCUACAGAAGGAAGGAGUCUUCAGCAACUUUUAGAUUACCCUGGGGAAGAUGUAGAAGAGACAUUUUGCUUGAAUUUUACAAUCUGCAGGGAAAGCUAUGGUGUGACAGAGCAGAAGAACCUGAUUGAAGAUGGAGAUAAAAUUCUGGUGCAGAAGGACAAUAGGGAAGAAUUUGUUGAAGCCUACGUAAAUUACAUCUUCAACCUCUCCAUCCAUGAGUGGUACACAGCCUUUUCCACUGGUUUCCUGAAAGUGUGUGGUGGGAAAGUCCUGGAACUCUUCCAGCCCACAGAGCUCAGGGCCAUGAUAGUUGGAAACAGUAACUACAACUGGGAGGAACUGGAGGAGAGCGCUGUCUAUAAGGGAGACUACACUGCGACACACCCAACUGUGAGAAUGUUUUGGGAGACCUUUCAUGCAUUUCCCUUGGAAAAGAAGAAGAAAUUUCUCUUGUUUUUGACGGGCAGUGACCGCAUUCCCAUCUACGGCAUGUCCAGCCUGCGCAUCGUCAUCCAGUCCACCACCAGCGGAGAGCAGUACCUGCCCGUGGCGCAUACCUGCUACAAUCUCCUGGACCUGCCCAAGUACAGCAGCAAGGAGGUCCUCAGCGCCCGGCUGGUGCAAGCCAUCGAUCACUACGAGGGCUUUAGCUUAGCUUGACCAGUGUGGGAGAGGCAUGGACACAUGGGUACAGAGGAAGAAAACGAUGGGCUUGGCUUUAUUUUUGUAAGGGAAUGGAUCAGAACAUUUGGGGGGAAAGUAUAAUUAAUAAUAAUAGAUUGGGAUGAUGCAGUCUCAGCCAGAUGCUGCCAGCAUUUUGUGGGGCUUCAGCAGGGAGAGGCUAUUGCUUCGAAUUUUCUCAUCUACUGAACAAAAUCAGUUCAGUGGGCAUUUUUGUUGUUUCCCCUUCCAAUUUGAUGCCACUGCCCUCCCAGCAAUACCUUGUACUUUGCUUUUAUUGCCCCUACACAAACACACACACACACACACACAUCCUCUCCUUUUAGUCCAGUUUAAAUAUUUUGAUGUUUCUUGCAUUUAGGCUACGGUGGAAAUUGAGGAUGAACAAGUGAUCUCCUUUUUGCAAAGCUGUGACUUCCCCCCCCCGCUUUUUUCCUCCCUUUUUAAGUGCAAGCUGGUUCUUGCUUGCUUUGAAUGGAAAUACCCCCUCUGCCCUUUGGUCCUUGGCGGAUGGUACUGGGCUGGGAGGUCACCUGUGACCCCCAGGGCGGUGUAGUAGCGAUGCUCUGUCUUUUUGCACCAGGAAGUUUCAUGGAGAAUAUGAUGGUUCAGGGGGGUUGGCUUGUUUUUGCUCACUUGUCUUGAAUUUUGUUUCCAAGCAAGGUCUUCUAAAAGGAGCCUCAGACUCCUCUGGAGCGGGGUUUGUUUUCAGGUGUGUGGAAGGCCAAACCCUACCUGUAAUAACGGGUUUCUCAAACUGCAUCUCUCUCGUGUUGUGUUUCUUUCUCGGCAAGUCCACAAGGUAGGCGGGUGGGCUUCGCCGAGCCCUGGUUUUCCAUCCGAACAGGCCCGUUCUCCAAUGCAAGGUGAGGUGGCAGCUUUUACCACUGCCGCCCGUCUCCAGAGGAGUCGCGCGCGUGCGUAUGAGGCGCGUGCAAGCUCUCCAGUCUCGUCAGGUCAGAGCAAAGCAGCAAGCAGGAGAUCCAUAUUUGAGCGAUAACACUCUGUUUGGAGGUUGGUUUUAUUUUUGCAGUUAGGGUUACUUUAUUUUGCUGUUUGAGAGGAGCCCUUUCACUUGGCAGCUGUUUUUGCUGGGGGGAGGGGGCCCUAAAGGACAAUCUAUAUGAAUUAGACUGGAAAUGUACAUUAGGACUUGAGUAGGCAAAAUCAUUACCUAAAUCUGUCCUGUAAGAUUGG